CCACUUACGCAUCAGUCACCUCCCUUCCUAUAUUACGAGGGCCUGUACGCAUUUUUGCACUGUACUAAUUACCACGAUCAGCUGGCCGCUCGGGUAUUAAACCUGCGCUCGCAGAUCUAGCAACUGCCAUCCGUUGCUCGGGAUUGACCAUGUCUCCCGGCAUGUGUGAAGCCGCAACAUCUGCAUCCUCCAGCUCGGAUGAGUCGGACUCUCAAAUUGCCACUGUCACCAACGGAGUAAAGCACGUCAUUAUCAACGGGGAGGGUACAUCCCAUGGCAGAACAGAGGAGAAGACAGAAGUAGAAGAGAAUGAACAGAUCGACCUCGGUAUGAAGCUUGGGUUCAAGAAUCUUUACUCGGGCAAGGAAGACAAGAAAGGUCGCUUUCAGUGGCAGGACACGAUUCCAGAAGACAUCGGUGAUCCCGUCGAGAACAAAGAGACAGCAAAGUGGGCUCUCUUGGUUCGCAACGUCAAAGUGUAUAAUGACCCCAGGAAGGUACUGUCGAUCCAUUCGAUUGUCGUCCAGAGUCCGCUGCUCAAGAAGCUGCUCGCUGCCGUCUUGAAGAAUUACCCUGGUGUGACUGUCGGUCUCAAUCGCCUCGAAUUCUCAGGCAAGUUUGAACCGCUUAUACACCGCUGGGCAGAGUUGGAGACGGCCAUUAGCAAGUUGGGCAGUGCCACCGAAGAACAGCGAAUCACCAAGCAGCAUGCGGAAUUGUUACAGGGCAUCCUCGUGAAGGAGUUCAAGAGCUUGAUCGAUACAUCCCAAGACAUGAUGAGCAAGCGAGUCAUGAACUUUGACCUGCUAUGGACUCUUUAUCAGCCAGGUACGACUGUCUUUUCGCGUCAGGACGGUCAAGAGACAGCACUAAGUUUGAACACAACUCGCUAUGGUCUGGAUUCGAAGGGUGUCCCAUGCUUCUGGAUCACUGGCAAGUACAUAGAUUGGGACGGCACAAAAUUCGGCACACAGAAGUUGAACGUCUGCAUACCCAUCUUUACUGGCACUCGUACCAUUAGUUCCCUUAAGGCAUAUCCAAUCGACUACCAUCAUGAUGCCGAAGCCGUACGCAGGCGCCUUACUGAACGUGGGGCUAAAACGGAAGAACUCGCUGGAUCGAAUUAUCGAGCCUACCACGGCGUCGCUUGGAAGAUGGGUUCCUUUGGCACAAAAGACAAGUACAACGUCAAGGGUCGAAUCGUCAUCGACACGUAUGGCUGGAAUCGGUUUAAUCCCGGUAAUGCUGUGUACGUUACGCCUCUGAGCCAGAAAGAAGUCGUUGCAGACGGGCGUAGUAGCGAGAUCGACUAUGACGAGGAUGGCGAAGAUGCUGAUGACGGCGAAGAGUAUCUAGAAGACGAAGACUAUGACGAAGACGAUGGUGGAAUGCCCAUCGACGGUCGCUUUGCAGACGAGGACGACGAAAGCACACAACCCACACCACUCACUGCGGAACAGAAGCUCAUCUGCACCCCCUUGCUUCGCGGAUAUAGCCUGAAGAACAAGAUGUGGCUCAACUUCUUCGUCAAUUGCGUCGAGCAGAUUGAAUGGCAGAAAGAUGCGUUCGACCGAUUAGUUCUACCGAAGAAUCAAAAGGAGCUGAUCCUGGGCUUCACUGAAUCGCAGCGCAAAAACCGUGAUACAUUCGACGAUGUCAUCGAAGGGAAGGGCCGCGGCAUGAUAAUUCUGCUCUGCGGACCCCCAGGGGUCGGCAAGACUUUGACCAGUGAGGCGGUCGCUGAGGAGAUGAAAGUUCCGUUGUAUCUAAUGAGCGCCGGUGAUCUCGGCUUCGACCCCCGACACGUCGAAACCAAGCUCCAGGAUAUCCUAGAGAUGUGCAGUCGAUGGAACGCGGUGCUUCUACUCGAUGAGGCUGAUGUUUUCCUGGAGCAGCGAUCACUGCACGAGCUUGAGCGCAACAAGCUCGUUAGCAUCUUUCUCAGAGUGCUCGAGUAUUACGAAGGAACUAUGUUCCUUACCACAAACCGAGUGGAGACGUUCGACCCUGCAUUCCAGUCACGAAUCCACAUCUCACUUGACUACCAGGAGUUGACAAUUGACUCGCGUAAGACUGUGUGGGAUAACUUUCUGAACAGUUCCACACAGGAGCACAUAAUUACCAAAGAACAACUAAGUGAGCUUGCCCGCAUGAAUAUGAAUGGUCGACAGAUCAAGAACAUUCUCAAGAUUGCGCGCUUGCUAGCGAGCAGGAAGGAGGAGAGGCUCGGCUAUGACCAUAUCCUAACAACUCUCGAUGUCACUCAGCAUUUGCAUAACGAGAAUCAGGCCAGCAAGCGCACACAGGGUAGUCUGUAUGGUUGAUCUUGGUUGAGUGUGUAUCCGACCGCCUUCUAAGUUGCAUUCUAGUAGUUGCAUGCGGUUGCGGUCAUGGCAACAAGCGUACCUAUAGGUAUUCGGAAAUACAAUCUCACUUGUCUACGAUUCGUCGG